AUGCCCCAACAGGUAACCCUGCCCUGGCAGUCCGACAUGCAGCUGGCCGGCAAGCUGGUCCUCUCCGCCGCCGCUCUGCUCCUCCUGACUUUGGUGUACAGGUUUUAUAAGUCCCGCUCGCUUGCUGGGGACAAAAUCCCGCCGGCUGACGUGGGAGGAGAGCCGAGGGAAAACGCUGCCCGGGAUGGGGACGGUGCGACGGGUCUGCGGCACAGGAGGGUGUUUGGCGAGGAGGUAAGGAGGGAUGGUGGGGGUGGACAAACGACCAGCCAAGCGAGCAUCCCUGGGACAGAGUGGACACCUCCUCAGGAGGAUGGGGUGCCAAGGGCUGAGGAGGAGGAAGAGGAAGGAGACGAGAUGGUUUCUGAACUGGGGCUGAUUCGUGGGAGAGCAGGGGUGGCCGGGAGGGGAAGCGAGCUGAGAAAUAAGAUGGGAAAUACGUUGGGAAGCAAGCCAGGAAUCGAGCUGGAAAGUGAUCCAGGAAGCAAGUCAGGAAGCGAGCCGGGAAGCGAGUUGGGAAAUGAGCCAGGAAGUGAGCUGGGAAGCGAGCCGGGAAACGAUCCGGGAAGUGAGCUAGGAAGCAAGCCAGGAAUUGAGACGGGAAGCGAGCUGGGAAGCAGGCUGACAAGCAAGGCGGGAAGCGAGCCAGGAAGUGAGCUGAGCUCUUACGACCCUGGGGACGCAGCCGAAACGCUGACCAGCCACAGGGAGCAGGGCACGCUUGCCCCGAGCACCGGGCUUUCCCCUGGGGUUGCUAAUGCCCGGACGGCAGGUGAUGGACGCGCCCAAAACACGGAGCAGGAUUUGGCCAUCAGAGGCACGAGCCAGGAGGCCGAGGGGCGCAGGGGAAUAAUCCAGACACUCAGCAUCACCUCGGACCUGGGACUAACGAUGACGGCAAGCAGCAUGGGGUCGGACACUUCCUACUCUUUCUCCUCGGUCGCAAAGAUCCAGGUGGAGGAGAACUACAUUGCCGAGCGACGGGCAAAGGAUGGGACUGGGCAGCUUGUCCCUGGCCUCAAAGGCAAAGUCUAUGACUACUAUGUCCAGUCCAUCUCCCAGUCGGUGUUGAAGAGGAGGUCUCUCCCCUACAUCCCUCCAGAAACAUCCCGGCGCCGCAGCUCAGAGCGGGUCAAUGAAGAGCUGCAGAGCUUUGCAACCCAGAAACUGGACUCAGCUUCAGCAAAGCGAGAUCCCACCACCCCAUCCAUAGUUCCACCACCUACUGGGAGCUUGGACAUCUCCCCUGAACCACCACCUCCUGGCCGCAAGGAUAGCAUCCUCCAGAUUACUGACAGCCCCCACCUCCAGGUGCCCAUUGAGGGGUUUGGGAUCACAGCACCAGCCAGCACACCGCCAGCAAGCCCCCAGCCGGAGCUGGUGGCCAGCACUGAGCUCUUCCAGAUGCCAACACCCACCCACCUGAACCUGGGGAACUGCUACGAGGUCCUCUGCACAGCCAAGGCACAGAAGCUGGGCCAACUCCAGGAUGCCGCCUACAAGGUGAUGAGCAACAACUAUCUGCAGGUGCUGAGGACACCCUCCAUCUACGGCUGUCUCAAUGCCGGCGAGCGAGAGGUCAUCCUGCGGCAGAGGAUGAAAGGGAAGAUGUAUGUGGCUGUGGCGGACAUCAACGUGCAGGAGCCCGGCCUCCACACGAGCCGCCUCUGCUACUAUGAUGAUGGAGGGGACUGCUGGCGUCACCUUUGCCACGUGCCACCGGAGGUGGUCUCCCGGGGGUGUGCCAUGUGCAGCAUGUUCAACUACCUCUUCGUGGUGGCUGGCUGCGAGGGCAUUGGCCAGGCGCAGAGACCCUCCAACCGUGUCUUCUGCUAUGACCCCCUGACCAACAUCUGGAGAGAGAUCUGUCCCCUGAACCAAGCACGGCCCCGCUGCAAGCUUGUGGCCUUGGAUGGCCACCUCUACGCCAUCGGCGGUGAGUGCCUCUACACAGUGGAGCGUUAUGACCCCCGGCAGGACCGCUGGACCUUCACUGCUCCCCUGCCCCAUGACACCUUUGCCGUGGCCCACACAGCCACGGUGUGCGAUGGGGAGAUCUACGUGACAGGAGGCACCUUGCGCUACAUGCUUCUGCGCUACACUGCCCGCACAGACAGCUGGAGCAUCAGCCCAGUCAGCGGCGGCAAGGACAGGACAGCUGAGAUGGUGAGCACCAAUGGCUUCAUCUACCGCUUUGACCUCCACCGCAGCACGGGCAUCAGCGUCUACCGCUGUGGAGCCAAGGCCAAGCUAUGGUAUGAGUGUGCUGCCUACGCCAUGCCCGACCCAUCUGGCUUCCAGUGUGCUGUGGUGCGCAGCCUGGUGCACUGUGUUGGCCGGCACUUCCACAUACGCUUCUUGGCCGACCACAUCUCACCACGCUUCGGGACCAAGGAGCUGCAGCCCUUCCCAUCACCCCACGGCAGCCUCCUCCCAGCUGUCCUGGUGCUGCCGGAGGGAGCAACAGCACAAACACAGGUUUGA